CCCCGCCUCGGAGCUCCACACACAGACGUCCAGCGCUCAGGCGGGGGCGGGAGGCGGAGCGGAGCGUAGGGGGCGGUGUCGCCGCGGUCGAGGGGCGGUGGCGGCGGAGUCAGUGGUCGCUGCGCGAUGGCCGCCUCGGCGUGGUGCUGCCUACGGUGCUGCAGGGACGGCGGGAGCGGCCACAUCCCUCUGAAGGAAAUGCCGGCCGUACAGCUAGACACACAGCACAUGGGAACAGAUGUUGUCAUUGUAAAAAAUGGGAGACGAAUAUGUGGAACAGGAGGUUGUUUAGCCAGCGCACCAUUACAUCAAAACAAAAGCUACUUUGAAUUUAAAAUCCAAUCCACAGGAAUCUGGGGUAUUGGUGUUGCAACUCAGAAAGUUAACUUGAAUCAGAUUCCUCUUGGCCGAGACAUGCACAGUCUGGUGAUGAGAAAUGAUGGAGCCCUAUAUCACAACAACGAAGAGAAAAACAGGCUGCCAGCAAACAGCCUUCCACAGGAGGGAGACGUGGUGGGUAUUACAUAUGACCAUGUAGAAUUAAAUGUAUAUUUGAAUGGAAAAAACAUGCAUUGUCCAGCAUCAGGUAUACGAGGGACAGUGUAUCCAGUUGUUUAUGUUGAUGACAGUGCAAUUUUGGAUUGCCAGUUCAGUGAAUUUUAUCAUACUCCUCCACCUGGUUUUGAAAAAAUAUUAUUUGAACAGCAGAUCUUCUGAAUAUUUUUGUUUUUGAAACCUGUAUUUCUGUACUGUUCAAAGUGUUUACUAUUUAAUAAAGCUUUACCUGACCUAUAGAUGAAAAUAUAUUCUUAAGUAAUAUGCUUGUCAAUGUUGUCUAAGAAACCAGUGUAUUCAGUGUACCACCCAGAGAUUGUGAUUUAAAAUACUUAUGUUUUAUGAUAUGAAAAUCAGCAUUUGGGGCAGUUUAUUUAACUCUUAUUUAAAUAAGUAUAACUAUGGGUUUAAUUAACAGUAUUAUAUGGCAGUAUGUAUGUAGGUAAUUAAAAGGGAAUCUUUCUUACAUAAAAUAUUUGUUUUCAAAGUGAUGCAGAGUUGGGUGGGAUUUUUUUUUUUUUUUUUGUCAUUCUGAACUUUAGACCUCAUAAACCAUUUUAAAUCUGCAGUCUAGUAAUUUUGUUCUCAGUGUCCUUUUUUACAUAUUAUAUAACAAAGCGACAGAAGUUUAUAUUAUUAGCAAUUCAUUUUUAGCAAUCUGUCUACUGUAUGAUGUACCACUUUUCUUAAAACUUAAAAGGCUUAUUUUGUUGUGUAAUGUUACUGCUUAUGAUUUGCUUUGUAAAAGGAGGUUGGCGUCAUGGCAACUAUCAGAGUAUUUUGUUGAAGACCAUCCUGUUAUGUUAUUUUAACACCAGAGUAAGACAUGGUUGAUCAGAGAUGUUGUGUACAGUGGCAGAUGUUUAGAAUAGUAUGGUUCUUCACACCUCAAUUUAAAUGAGAUUAUUCUUUUAAGGACACUUAUUUACAUGUGUGUUUUCUGUAAAGAAUAAUAAAAUAAUAGUAAUUAAGGAAUAUUCA